AUGUUGACUCUGAUUUGGAUUAUUCUGACCACAAAUCUUUUGUGUGUCCAUGGGACAAAUUUAAUGCACAUUGCCUGUGAUGACAAGGUCGUGGAGAAGUUGUCUCGACUGGCCACCACGUACAUAAAUGAUGACCGAAAAACAGGUUACAAAUUUGCCCUUAAUAGAAUCUCAAACGUCCAGGCACAUCCACAGGUUCCAGCGGGAAAAGUCUAUUAUUUGGAUUUAGAUGUUCUAGAGACCAAGUGUCAUGUCCUGAGUGCAAAAUCAUGGAAGAAAUGUCCUAUACGACCUUUUAUGGAAACACAAAUCUCUGGAAACUGUAACACUACGGUACUGCAUUCACCUGAGGGCUUCUCUUACCUUUACAGCUAUGACUGCACGCUGUUCCCAGACCCUCCAGAGAAGUUAAAGUUGACCUGUCCAGACUGCCCUCUGCUGCUGCCUGUGGACAGUGAGGAAGCCAUGUCGACUGCUCGGACGACCCUCAUUAAAUAUAACAGACAAAGCACACUUCCUGUCAGUUUCACUGUGGACACUAUUACCCGAGCAGCCCAUCAGGUUACAAUGGAUGCCAAAUAA